CCCCGCCGGGCCCGGUGCCGCCUCACGCCGUGUCCCGGCCCCGCGGGAUGGCGGCGGGCGAGGAGCAGAGCCGAGAGUACCUGCGGCGGCACCGGCUCCCCGAGCUGCUGCAGCACCUCGGAGCGCUGCUGCUCUUCCACCGCCCCGAAAAGCCACGCGAGUUCCUGAUCCAGGCGCUGGAAAGGGUGAAGGCUGGCAGGCGGGCCGAGGGGGAGUACCCGGACCUGAUGGACGAGGCCAACGUGGAGGCCAUGUUCAGCCUGCUGGAUGUGCUGGGCCAGGGCCACAUCACGCCAGUGCAGUACAGGGAAGCUCUUAAAACUUUGGGACUGAGCACUGAGGAUCUGGAACUUGGAGAUGAUGAAAAUAUCACACUGGAGGUAUUCAAGGAAGGAGUGAAGAAAAGGAUGCUGGAGAGCUGGGCUGUGUAUUAGUUUGAGCAGUGGUCUGCAAUAUAUACGAAAACUAGACAUCUUCCUCAGUUUUUCUUCUGGCUUGUCAGCUGUGGAUAGCUGAUUUUAAGCAGCAUUCUUUUUCUUGUCUCCCCCUGCUUCAGAUGAGCAAUCAGCUGAAAAGGACAAAUGAACUUGUUCGUGUCUACCAGGCAAUGGAGGGAUAUUGUUUGAGAAUUGAUUUUCUUAAUACAGUUAGAUGGUUUAAAAAAAAUAAAAUAAAAAAAAAAAAGAGAUCUCUUAUGUAACUAAAAUAGUGGUUUGGAGUUUCCUCCUUCAGGUUGCAGCUUACAGUACAGGAUUGUUACCAGCUGGCUCAUUACCACUGAAUAAAAUUAAGUUGUUCUGGG